GAUAUCUUGUUUUUACUCAAUUAGGCCACAUUUCAGAGACAUACUGUACCUUUACUCCAGUACAUGAAUGAAUGUAAGCUCCACCCAGUUUUAUCCCCACAUAAAACACAGGGGCACAGCUGUAGAGACCUUCCUGAGCACGACCACCCUCAGCUCCAGAGAUUAUUCCCAACCUGAACUCGACCUCAACAGCUUCAAUUUACCCUCAAUAAUAUUUGAACAUAACUAUUUAUAAAGUCAGUUGGCAGGUCUGAACUCUUUCACAAUCCAAGCACUAUGCGUCCUCUGAAUGGCAGUGGCUUUGUGGAUGCGGAAGACGUGGAGAGAGAUGAGAGUCUGGCCAAAGCGGAGAUCGCGCUGCUCAGUGUCAUCUUCGUCAGCGCCUCCAUCCUCAACACCGCCGUGCUGCUCGUCCUCUGGAGACAGCGCAAACAGAUGUCCAGGAUGCGCGUCUUCGUGUUUCACUUGUGCCUGGCGGACCUGGUGGUCGCUUUCUUCCAGGUGUGCCCGCAGCUCAUGUGGGAGAUCACAGACAGAUUUGUCGGGCCAGACCUGGUGUGCCGCCUGGUGAAGUACCUGCAGGUUCUGGGCAUGUUCUCGUCGACUUACAUGAUCGUGGUGAUGACGGUUGACAGAUACCAAGCUGUCUGCAACCCAAUGGUGAAGUUCCAGCGGGCACGCACGAGACUGAACAUCCCUGUAUGCGUCGCCUGGGGGAUCUCUCUGCUGGGCAGCCUGCCACAGGUUUUCAUUUUCUCACAGGUCGAGGUUGCACCUGGUGUGUUUGACUGCUGGGCUAAAUUUAUCCAGCCAUGGGGACUGCAGACUUACAUAUCCUGGACCACGCUGGUCAUAUUCGUUUUACCUGUUAUUACAGUUGUUGUUUGCCAAGUGCGCAUCUGCCGGGCCAUCCACAUCAACCUGUACCAAAAGACCCAACAACGGGGCAGCGAGGGUCUCCCUCUGCCAUCCAGAGCCAGCGGUGUGGCCGGCAUGUCCAAAGCCAGGGUCAAGACGCUGAAGAUGACUGUGGUUAUCGUGUUGGCUUAUAUUGUCUGCUGGGCUCCCUUCUUCACUGUGCAGCUUUGGUCCGCCUGGGACACACACGCGCCAAAAGAAACUGUGACUUUCACCAUCCUGAUGUUGCUGGCCAGUCUGAACAGCUGCGCGAACCCCUGCAUUUAUCUUCUGUUCAGCGGUCAGUUUCCCAAAAGCCUGCUGACACUCCUUUGCCCACGGCAGUCAAAAGAUUCAAUGCAUGAGGAGGCGACGCUGGUCAGCACGUUGUACAUGAGCUUUAAAAACGUCUCUGAGUCCAAAUGAGGGCCAUGGAAAGGGGGAAAACCUGUAUAUGGAAAAGCGUGCGAAGUCGGUGCGUGUUACGGAGCUGCCUCUGAGCUCUCUCUCUGUACUUGGACAGAAGAUGUGAGGACAGGACAUACUGCGUCUCUCUGGGUCUCUGACAUAUUAAAAUAUGGUUUGUCAUUGAAGCAGUCCUCCAUGAGUGAGACCAGCGCUCCAGAUGUUGCGGGAUGUUGACGGAUGACAAAAGCAAGUGGGGUUUUGUUGGACUAUUAGAGGCAACACAAGUAAUCAGUGUAGGCUCUGUAAAUCGUUGGUUUGGUUCGUGUAAUCACUUUGUUAUGACUGUGACAGUUUGUGAUACAAAAAUAUUCUUCACAUCUAAUAGAAGCUGGGUGUGGAAAUCAGAAACACGUUUGCAUUUUCAGACAGAUUCAGUGACUGAAUUUCCGAUAAAGCGGUUCAGGAACUUAACUAUUAUUUAUGUUAUUCUGUGUUUUGGCAAAACUGGCAUCUUGCAUCAGUGGAAUUGGGGUAAAUGCCAGUAACUAUACAACAGUUCAUUAAAUUAUACCACAGUCCUUUGAGCUGAGCUCAAAGACCUAAAUGUAUAAGAUACUGUAUCUAUAGCUUUAUUUUCCAAAAAGAAAGCAAGCACAACUGUGUUUUCAUGAAUACAGAAUAGAUAAAAACAUAUUGUUUAAAGCUGAUGCAACACGUGCCUGCCUCAAAAAAUUGUAACAUGUCUUUAUUUAAAAAUUGUGAGAUACAUUUAUCACUUCUAUAAACAAUCUCUCCCUCUUAGAAUCAAACAGUCACAGGAGUGACUCUAUUUGUAAAAUAUUGUUUAUGCUAUAAAUGUGGA